ACUCAGCUUCAACGAAAGUAAUCGCUUUUCCUGCAGAAGUAUCUUCGCCGUUUAGCUUUGUCACGAAAGCUUUUGUGGGGAUGGGGUUGGAAUAUUUGGUCAGAGUUACUUCAAUAUAGUAUAUUGGCGUUUCAGCAUACUAUCAAUAGUUUAUCAUCCGCCCACCCGGAUAUAAAUAUGCGCUUGAACAAGUGCGGGAAGACAUCGGAGCAGCCUUGGUGAACGGCACGCUAUCUAUAGACGUGCAACAAAGUCUGUUGUUUACGAAUUCAAUAUUGACAUGAGAAUAUAUUUUGACGUAACAUUCCUACUUUGUCUCGGGUUGCUGAAACUUUCAUCAGCUUAUUCGUGCGGAAGCCUCCUCUCCGGUAUAUAUGGGAGAUUUUAUUCGCCUGGCUUUCCUUCAAGUUAUCGCGAUUAUUUGCAUUGCACGUGGGAGAUACGAGUGAACAAAGGAUUUUACGUAAAUCUGCGUUUCACCGUGUUCGACAUCGAGCACUACACAAACUGCUCUUAUGACUAUCUCAGUGUUAUUGAAAAAGGAAUAAUCAAAGGCCGAUGGUGUGGUUCGAAAACGAAAAACGAAAGCGAGGCAAUCACUCGAUUAAAAUCCGAAGAAAACGUUAUUGAAGUUGUAUUUCAUUCUGAUUACUCAAACGAAGAACCUUACAGAGGCUUUCUGGCACACUAUUCGGCAAUGGAUAUAAAUGAGUGCGAAGAUAACAAUGGCAGAUGUGAUCACUUGUGCCAUAACUAUCUUGGUGGAUACUAUUGCUCUUGUCGUUUGCAUUAUGGUCUCAGAAAGGACAAAAAAACCUGCGGUUAUAAGUUGUGUCAAAAUGUGCACAUGCGCAGUAUGCAGGGGAGUAUAUCCAGCCCAGAAUAUCCAAACGCAUAUCCGAGUCAUUUGAACUGUUCUUGGAGAAUCACUGUCCCACAAGGUUAUCGCAUUGUGCUGCAGUUUCUUCAAUUUGAAAUUGAAACGCAUCCUGAUGUCGUGUGUCCUUACGACUAUUUGAAGAUUUUCGACGGUACAAACUCCGCUCCACUUUGUGGCAACACGCCUCCUCGAAAUAUUUCCUCUAUAAAAAACUCGUUGUCGAUCAAAUUCGUGACGGACUACUCGUACAAUAUGGGUGGAUUUCUGGCAAAAUAUUACACCAAAGGUGUAAGUUGCCCGCGAUUGGUGGCACCCGAAAAUGGCGAAAUGAGUGCUCUCGGAUUCUCGUACAAGGACGAAGCGACAUUUUCCUGCCUGGAUGGAUACAUCAUGAAUGGAACGUCAAGUGUCACGUGUCAAAGUGAUGGAGAGUGGGAUAGAAAACCUCCAUUAUGCGAACCGGUCUCUUGUGGCCAUCCGAAAACUCCACAUCGUGGAAGAGCUAUCGUCGAGGGAAUAACCUUCGGUCAAUCGGUGUCAUUUGAAUGUGAUAAAUAUUACGAAAUUGAAGGAGGAAGCACAUUGACUUGUGAGGCUGAUGGUCUGUGGUCGAAUAUUUCACCAAAAUGCAUCCCAGUGUGUGGAAAGUCGAGUUUGUCGGAUGAAUCUAUCCAGAAUUGCUCGGGAAAUUUGCUGCACCAACAAGACACUGGCCCCAAGUCCUUGCCUUGGAAUGUUUUGAUAAAACUUGACGAUCAAGAAAUUUGCAGCGGAUCUCUUUUGAAUGAGUUUUGGGUGAUUACGGCGGCCCACUGCGUUGUGAAGGAACAACGAGUGUUAAGUCCCUCACGAUUCACCGUUUUCCUGGGUCUAUAUAAUCGAUCCGAAGAUGACAGACAUGCGAGAAAUGAUAUACAAGUUGGUCAAAUAUUUCAUCAUAGGAAUUUCAACCCGACGUCAUUUCAAGGCGACCUGGCGCUCUUGCGCCUUAGACGUGCGACGGUUUUCAGUGAUUUUAUCCAACCCAUAUGCUUACCUGAGGAAAACGGGGCACAUGUAGUCACAACGCCUGGAUCUCGAGGUGUUGUUGCCGGAUGGGGAAAAUAUGCCAAUGAUUCCUUACCUCAUGUAUUGAAGGCGGUAUGUACCUCAUCUGUCUCCACCGAGAUUUGCCGCGACGAAUUUAUGAAGGAGGGUUUUCAAAUCACUCACGAUAUGUUCUGCGCGGGAUCUGGAUCGGGGCGAAAUUACAUAUGCAAGGGAGAUUCAGGUGGAGCGUUUGCCUAUAGACACGAAGUGAAGGGUCGUUGGUUCAUAGGUGGCUUAGUGUCUUGGGGUAGCUUCAAAGGUUGUGAAAGAGGGAAUAACUAUAGCGUGUACCUAAAUAUUGAGCACUAUAUAAAUUGGAUACGAAGUAGAAUAGUAAGCUAAAUAUUAGUAUUUGCGUAUGAGCUGCAGGUUAUGCUGGAAAACGUGUAUGACAUUCGCUAACAAAAGAACACCAAGUCUGGAUAUCUUGAAUUGAACUCAAUUGAAAAUUCAGCUGGAGGUGUAACUAAGAUUUGUACCGCAAAAGAAGCUGGCGUCGUUGCCAGUCCAUAUAGUCAUUUCUGUAUUUUGCGAGUGUUUGCUCAAUCGUGAUUAUGCAGACGCUAUUAUAUUUUAAGGAUGUCCCGUUUGCACUAUUCUGGGCUGCCAUAGUACCAGGAUAAUAUUUCUAUGUAUUAAAAGUCAUGUGAUAAUAUUUAGUGUUAAUCAUUGACAACCAUAUCUUGAUGAGCGCAUCCGGCAUGGUACAAACCAUAGAAUAGAGAAUAUAUAGAAGGGCAACUCGCAGGUGAAACGCGUGGCAUAUUUUCUGUGCGCAUGCGUUAGGUCCGCCAUUACUCUGGGCAGUAACUUGACGCUGGCGUACUAUAAAAUGAUAUUGGAAAAGUGCGAUUUUGGGAUAAUAAUCGCCUAAAACGCAAACUGUUUUUGAAGAUCAUGGAAUUUUGUGACAAAACGUGAUAGAAAUAAGGGUGUUUAUUUUACUGCUAUAGAGUUGUCAGUAUGUUAGGUGAAUAGAAGUCCAGAAUUGUUAUUUUGGCAUUCAGUUCUCAAGUGAGGAUUAUGUUGCAAGUGUCUUGUGUUAUGUUGGAUUAGAUUUUAGUGGCUACUUGUUGCAGUAGCAUGUUUAACUUUGUUUGUUAAAUUCUAUUAUGUUUUUAUUAUGAUUGGGUGGUUUUUGUAAGGGUGCUCUAUUAAACAUUGAUCACAAUUUCUUCAGCUUAAUUGUUUAGUAUACCAAUAUUUAUAGAGAAAUUAGCAUUUCUUCUGCACCCCCAUCUAGCUCAAGCUAGGAGGGCUGCACACCCCUAUCUUAUAUCCAUCUCUGAAUAAAGUUGUCAUUAAAUUUUUUAAAUGCAAA